ACGUCACGACAGUUGCAGUCGUGUCGCGAUUGGAAUGUUAGCGACUAACAAACGUAACAACUGAGCAGUCGGAAAUUGGUCACUUGGACUGAGGAUUUCCAUCGGUUCUCUUCGUCUUGGAACCUUUCCGUGCAUCCGUGCAGAGCGAGGUGAUCGAGCGGAGAACUUAGAGCCGAUGCGCUCGAUAUUCUAUCAGCGCAUCUCGGCCGACGUGUGGAGCUUGUUGGAGAUAAGAAGAGCAAUGCCAGGAUUCGUCAGGUUAUGCUGAACUGCUCUUCUCCAGACGCGUCUCCUCUUCUCUCGGCUGCAUUCCCGGAGAAGCAUGGAGUGAUCGGAGAGGAAGGAGAAGACCGCUUCGAAUCACGCUGAGCCGUUCGGGACGGAGCGCAAGCUGCAACGCCGACUAUGCUUCCACCUUCUCCUGCUUAAAUCGAGUUAAACGGACAAGCUUUGCACGGAGGGAACCCGGGGGGGACCCCCUGCUGCUGUUUGCCCGGAGGGAGCCACUUCCCAGACGGGGACUUUUGCAUCUGAAAAGCUCUGAAUGAGAGUGGGGCGAAGCGCCGUGCAAGAGCUCGCGACCCACGGGGUUCGGGCGGCACUCGUCUUUUUCGGUGCACCCAAGAGCCUUCGACAUGCUGGAAGUCCUCACACGCGAGAGAAAGGCAACCCACUUUUAAAAUCGCCCACAUGCGCUGGAUCAAUCUCUGGAUUUGGGAACCGAUUACGCAGAAGAGGGGUUGGGGAUCCUUGGAGGAGGCAGCCGGACGAUGGAGCCGUGUAAGCGGGAUUGCUGAGAGCCUAACUUGGGGCUACUUUGCUGUUUUUAUUCCCAAGCAAGUCGCAUCUGUUCCCUGGACACAUGCAGGCCAAAAAACGCUACCUGAUCCUGCUUUCGGUCGGUGCUUGCCUGGCGCUUCUCUACCUCGGAACUGUUCCGCUUCAGACGCCGAGCAGGCACCGGAAUGAUAGCAGACGUCAUGGGUACCGACCCGAUCACCCAUGGCCUCACUUCUCGGACCGUUUACACCCAUUCUCCAACCUUGAUCCAUGGGAUCAGACUGACACCGAGGAGUACAACGUGCACGCGCUUGUGAGGCAUGGCCGGGACGUGAACAGCAGUGUUUCCAAAGGCAAACGCUGCCGAAUGGAGUCAUGCUUUGACUUUUCUCCGUGCAAAAAGAAUGGAUUCAAAGUUUACGUUUACCCGCAGCAGAAAGGGGAGAAGAUCUCGGAGAGUUACCAGAGCAUUCUGACCACCAUCGAGGGCUCCAGGUUUUACACCUCAGACCCAGGUCAGGCGUGUUUGUUUGUGCUGAGCUUGGACACCCUUGACAGGGAUCAGCUGUCUCCACAUUACGUCCACAAUCUAAAGACCAAGAUCCAGAGCUUGCCUUUGUGGAACGAUGGCAGGAACCAUCUUAUAUUUAACUUAUAUUCCGGGACGUGGCCGGACUAUACGGAAGACCUGGGCUUCGACAUCGGCCAGGCCAUGCUGGCCAAGGCCAGUAUCAACUCGGAGAACUUCAGACACAGAUUUGACGUUUCCAUCCCUCUUUACCCCAAGGAGCACCCGAGGACUGGCGGGGAACGGGGCUUCCUCAAAUAUAACACUAUCCCACCUUUUCGAAAGUACAUGCUUGUCUUCAAGGGGAAGCGCUACCUGACCGGUAUCGGUUCGGACACCAGGAAUGCCUUAUAUCACAUCCACAAUGCAGAGGAUGUGGUGCUGCUCACCACCUGCAAGCACGGCAAAGACUGGCAGAAGCACAAGGACGCACGAUGUGACAAGGACAACGCAGAGUAUGACAGGUAUGAGUACAAAGAGAUGCUUCACAACUCCACCUUCUGCUUGGUACCCCGAGGCAGAAGGCUGGGCUCCUUUCGCUUUCUGGAGGCCCUGCAGGCGGCAUGCGUGCCGGUGAUGCUUAGUAACGGCUGGGAGCUGCCUUUCUCAGAGAUCAUCAACUGGAAUACGGCAGCGGUCAUCGGUGACGAGAGGCUCCUGCUGCAGGUUCCUACCACGGUGCGUUCCAUCCACCAGGAUAAGAUCCUGUCGCUCAGACAGCAGACGCAGUUCCUGUGGGAGGCCUACUUUUCCUCGGUGGAAAAAAUAGUGCUGACCACACUGGAGAUCAUCCAAGAUCGCCUUUUGGAGCACAGUUCCAGGAGCACCCUGAUGUGGAACACUCACCCCGGGGGGCUCUUUGCCCUGUCGCAGUACUCCAGCUACCUAGGAGACUUCCCCUUCUUCUACGCCACAUUUGGUAUUAAACCGUCUCCAAAGUUCACAGCUGUCAUCCACGCCGUGUCAAAUCUGGUGUCCCAGUCCCAGCCCAUCCUCAAGUUGCUGGUGGCCGUGGCCAAGUCCCAGUACUGUGCACAGAUCAUUGUCCUGUGGAACUGUGACAAGCCGCUCCCCGCCAAGCACCGCUGGCCUUCCACCUCCGUACCCGUUAUCGUCAUCGAAGGCGAGAACAAGGUGAUGAGCAGCCGCUUCCUCCCCUACGAGGCCAUCGUGACCGAUGCCGUCCUCAGCCUGGAUGAAGACACGGUGUUGUCCACCACAGAGGUGGACUUUGCCUUCACCGUGUGGCAGAGUUUUCCCGAGCGAAUAGUCGGCUAUCCGGCGCGUAGCCAUUUUUGGGACGGCAACAAGGAGCGGUGGGGUUACACCUCCAAGUGGACCAAUGAUUACUCCAUGGUGCUGACGGGCGCCGCCAUCUACCACAGGUAUUACCACUACCUGUACACCAACUACCUGCCCUCCAGUCUCAAGACCAUGGUGGAUCAGCUGGCCAACUGCGAGGACAUCCUGAUGAACUUCCUGGUCUCUGCCAUCACCAAGCUCCCACCCAUCAAAGUCACACAGAAGAAACAGUACAAGGAGACAAUGAUGGGACAGUCUUCAAGGGCAUCUCGCUGGGCCGACCCGGACCACUUCGCUCAGCGGCAGACGUGCAUGAACAAGUUUGCCAGCUGGUUUGGCACCAUGCCGCUGGUCCGCUCCCAGAUGAGACUGGAUCCAGUCCUGUUCAAGGACCAGGUGUCCAUCCUUCGCAAGAAAUACAAGGACAUCGAGAGGCUCUGACAGGGCCGGCACCCCCUUGGGGGGGACCCUACCCUGGGGGGAGGCGUGAGGGCGGGGGGCGAUGACGCCGUGCCGCCGUGUUGCCGUGUUGCUGAACAAAUGUUGGGGAAGAAGAAAACGAAAAGAGACACAAAACAGUGGUUUGGAUAGAAUAUUUUUUUUUGCGGAUCCCUACAAGGCGACUCCGAGCAAUCCGUAUGGCAUCGGGGCGCGAUUGCUGGACUUGUUGGUACCCGAACCCGACCCCCAACACUGCUUUAUCGCCUGAUUUGAUUUUUGUACAAAUCAGCUGCUGUCUCUGAGGGUUGGCAUACUUUUUAGUUUUUCAUUUUAAGGACAUUGAGGUCAGUAUAUCCUGAUCAGAUAAAAAAAAAUAAAAUAAAAAAAUCAUGUUUCCUCAUGUUCGCCACUAUUGAAAGCCUGAAAUCUCAUAUCCUGCUCUCAGUCCUGUGGGGUUUCUUUUUUUGUUGUUGUUUUUUUUUUACUAAUGUGUUUCAUUCCGAGAAUCCUGCCCCCAAUCGUAAAUUGAGCCGAGUACAUUUUCCCCCCCCCGUCCUUUGCAGAUGAGCAAAAUGAACAUUUUGCGAUGAAAUGAAGCAAAUGCUGGAUGUUCUGACCCAAAUUGCCAUUUCAUCCUGCUUCGUUGGCCUCGAGCGUAACUUGCUUGCCGGCCUUUUUAGUCUUUUAGCCAUCACCAUCAUUUCCUGGGUGUGCCAUUUUUGGACAUCAGGUCUGCCUUUAGAAUUAUUUAUUGCACAUUUUCGCCACCUGCAUUAGUUUGUGACACCUAGUUGCCCCUUUAAAAUGCCCCCUCUGUCCAGCCAUAGUACAUAUGUAUGCACAUAUAUACAUUAUGCAUUAACAGCAUGCAUCCAUCCACAGUUUGCACCUUAAUUGGCAGCCGGUCUUCCCAGCGACAAGAUCAGAAGACCGCUCGGACAUUUUGAAUGAAAGAAAUGUGCUUUUCGUGGCCUUUCUGUCAGGCAAAGCUGUGACUCACUGUCAUUGUUAUUUUAGAAUAUGCAACAGUGCCAUAUAUAGCGUGAUAUUGAGUCUAAUAUCGGAAAUGUCACAUGAAAUGCAAAGGGAAAUGGGAGCUUUUCUUAUUUGAAGUCAUGGGAAAAACACAUCUAAUGGGUCAGGAAUCAUCAUUAUUGGAAUGGGUUGAAAAGUAUGGGGCGGCACUUAAAAAUUAAACCAUAACUUUAUUCUAACACUAAUAUGACUUUUUUUUCGGUGUGGAUACUUUGACUUGACAGAUUAAAAUGUUCUGCUAUCCAAACAAAUCAACUGCAUAUCAUGAAAGAAGCCCUGUUAUUUUGUUUUUUUUCCAAAUUGUGUUUUUCCCCCUCUUGUCCUGUUGCUUUUAACGUGUGAUUUGUUUUGUGGCAUCAUUUUUAGCAUCUGUUCCCCAUUGUCUUAAAUCAACAUUGAGCCUUUCUUCAAAUGCCUGAUUUUUUUUUGAGUAAUUGUCAUCACAAAAGUUUGCAUAUUCCACAGCUUUGCCAACAAUUCCCUGCACUGUACAUGAACAUAUUUAUUUUUUUUGUUAACGGGACUGUUUAGGUGUUAUGUUCAGAUGAUCCUGCAUUGUUAAGGGGAGUUAAAGUAUUUAUUCAGUUUUAUGUUCACACGUCGAUAACAGCGCCCAGCUUUGUUUUGUUUCUUUUGCCCGGGAAACAUCCAUGGGAGUCCCGCGUGUACAUUUGUCAGAGGUUUUUAACUUUGACGAUCACAUACGCCAUUGAUCUAAAAUUGGAUCGGGGCGCGCCAUCUUGGCUCUCGGCGGGAGUCGAAUUGUAAAAGCAGCUGCAGCAGAUGGAAACAUUCAGUAAACAUCAAAGUUUGUGCACGUGGCACGUUUGCCUCAUUGUCGACUUGUUUUGUUUUUCUUUUACUUUGGGUGUCCAGAAAUCAAAGGAAUAAUGUGCCAGACUAUUGGCGUUUAUCUUCAUUUGUGCCUUUUUUUGUCAACGUGAGUUCUUGCACUGCCGAGGAGCGUUUGUUGUCAUGUCAACACAACACAACCAACCACCCACCCAUCAUUGUGUUUGCACACCAUGACGCAACCAUGUUUUGGAUUAUUUAUCAUCGCAGCCGUGAUCACGUGAUUUAGCUGAUGUGUGAGGUCAGUGCGUGUGGCUGUCCUGAUGCCUUCUCCUCUCCCCACCUCCUACUAUGUAAAGACUUUUAUAGAGGUUACAAAUGAGAUAGACAACUGAUGAUUUUGUAAGGAUGAUUUAUAAUAAAAUAAAUUCAUUUGACGAUA